ACUCUGGCAGAUCUCCAAGUGUAAAUCCAUGGCACCUAUCUUCCCCUUUAAGAACCUGUUCCCAAUGACUCACCAAUAAACGAAAAAUUAAUUUGCUAUGGAAACAGAAAGUGCAGCAGCAGCAGCAAUGGAGCAUCUCCCUUUGAAGAUGAGAGUGAUGGCAGCCAUUGAUGAAAGUGAUGAGAGCUUCUAUGCCCUCAAAUGGGCUCUAGAUAACCUUUUCAGUUUUAUCAGUUCUACUGCUCUGCCGGAAACCGGUGAGAAGUCAGACGGCCUCCUCACUGUGGUCCAUGUUCAGGAACCUAACCAUCACUUUGGCUUCCCUGCUGCUCCAGGAAUUCAAGCAUAUUAUCCACCAUCUGAAGUAGUGGACUCGGUAAAGAGAGCACAAGAACAAAAGUCUGCAGCUAUACUCAAAAAGGCAUCAGAGAUGUGCAAAGAAAAAAGGAUCACAGCAAAAACUCUGAUUCUUGAUGGGGAUCCAAAGGACAUGAUAUGUCAGGCUACAGAGCAAAUCCAUGUUGAUCUUCUUAUUGUUGGCAGCCGUGGCCUAGGAAAGGUUAAGAGAGCUUUUCUAGGAAGCGUAAGUGACUACUGUGCUCAGCAUGCAAGAUGCCCAAUCCUUAUUGUGAAGCCACCAAAGGAAGACAGCAAAUCGGGUUGAGUAAAUCAAUGCAGAGUUGGUGCUUUGAACAACGCAACCAUGCAAUGGUUAUGUUUGUUUGUGCAGUUCAACUCUUUAAACUUCAACUUCUGUAACAAUGGAUAAUUUGAAUUUUCUGGG